CCAUAGACAAUCAAGAUAGGAUCUCUAAUCUCCUCUUCUUUAACAAUCUAUUAAUAGUUUGAUUUUAGAGACUUCUUGAGAACAUCUAAUUAGAAAUAUGGCUCGAACCAAGCAAACUGCUCGAAAAAGUACAGGCGGGAAGGCUCCCAGGAAGCAACUGGCUACCAAAGCAGCUCGAAAGAGCGCUCCAGCCACUGGUGGUGUGAAGAAACCCCAUCGAUACAGACCUGGAACAGUAGCUUUGAGGGAAAUCCGACGAUACCAAAAGUCGACAGAGUUGCUGAUUCGCAAGCUACCCUUCCAACGCCUGGUGAGAGAGAUUGCUCAAGAUUUCAAGACAGAUCUGCGGUUUCAAAGUUCGGCUGUGAUGGCUUUGCAAGAAGCGUCGGAAGCUUAUUUGGUGUCCCUCUUUGAAGACACCAACUUAUGUGCCAUUCAUGCAAAGAGAGUCACCAUUAUGCCUAAAGACAUCCAGUUGGCAAGGCGUAUCCGAGGUGAGAGAGCGUGAAGAAUUUUAACUUGAACUCUAAAUCAGUGGCUGCAAGACGAACUUGCUAAUGUUUCUCAAUUCGUAUUGUGAGAGGUAAAGAGAUCGAAAGAAACUGACAUCUGCUAAGUAGUAUAGACGUAAUUGGCAGUGGGAUCUGACUUGUCUGUAAAUAUUUUUUAGAACUUUUUAUUCGGUAUGUUAACCAAUGCACUUAAAUCCUAAUGUUUUCAAUUUUAUAAAUGCCUUAUUUUGGUAAGCUUCUAAUAAAGGCUUUUAUCUCUAAUCUGA